AACAGACAACAGGGGCCCCCAGUUGCUUGCGACAAGCCAUAGAGCAGGUGAACUGGUGUGCAUCAGGCGACGCUCUGCAGUGCCCCUCGGCGGUCCGAAAGAAGGGCUGCUGUGAGCUACGUCUGGACGAGAGGGGAGGGUCGACAAACAGCGAAAGAGCAGACCGCUCCCCUCUUGUUGUCUCUCUGCAACAACGCCACCCAUCGGGUAGCUCUGCCAUUGUCGUGGAGGAAUCUGCUCGGCGGUGCGCGGACUGGAAACUCGCUUGACUGGACCACUUUCUGAGGCGAAAGCAAUCAGCGGCGGCGACAGCGGCGGCAGGCGGCGGGAAGAUUUUAGGGUUGCCGCGAAGAAAAGCAUGGACCCGGCGGAGUUCCAGCGCCGGAUCGCCGAGGCGCAGGCCUUGAAGGACGCGGCGGCGGCGGCGGCGUCAACCGCGGCCGCAACCACCCCCGCCACGACACCAAACGCCACUGCCGCUGCCGCCCCCGGUACCGCUGCCCCUCAGCAGGGCCAAUGGCAGCAACAACCCGGAGUGGCAGCAGCAGCAACAGAACCGCCUUCUGCUGCUGCGCCACCAGCUGCGUACCCAUACCCUGGCGCCACCGCCGCCGCCGCUCCGGCUGCUGCCGCCCCUGCUUCUUCUGCUUCUGCCAGCACGGGGUUUACGGCGACAACGCAGGCGGCGCCGGCGGCAGCGGCGGCAGCGGGGGGUCCUGCUGUGGCGGCGCCGGCGGCACCAGCGCCUGGGACGGGGGCGGCGGCGAUGGCAGCGCCGCAAGCAGCUCCCGCCGGGCUUGAUGCCGCCCAGCAGGCAAACCCAUGCCCAAGUUUGGCUUGA